AUGUCGAACGUGACGGUGCUCAGGUGCUGGCCAGCAUGCGUUGAUGCGAUUGACUGGUCCCCAGACGGCAUUAUCGCGCUAGCGUCUGACGAACGUGUGGAGCUGCUUUUUCCAAAUACCGUCGAUUUUGAUAGGGACCAAGUUCUUCCACAGUGGCAACAUGUUCCCCUCAAGGUACCUCUUUUCUCAACUGAUGAGCUGCCACUCAAAGAACUCGCGCCACUAUCCAACUAUUCUAUUGGCGAGGAAAUAUCCAAUAGCGCUCCUCUCAGUAUCGCGUGGUCACCGAAGGGGCUUGCAAAGCAUCGGAAAUGCGCUCUUGGCGUUCUUACCACGAACCUGACCCUUUCUAUCUGGUCAGCCGAGGGUAAGCCGCAAGAUGAAUCAAGCUGGUCCCGGCAGCUCAUCAUUAAUGAUGCGCUCGCUGAGCAUUUUAGCGGCUGUGAUGAAGAGCCUAACCACUUGACGGUAUCACCCAAAGAACAGCUGCGCUUGCGAAGCCGCAUUCGGGCGUUUGCAUGGGCACCUGCUCUGCCUUUAUCCGAAACAAUUGGAAUCAUUGGGACUAGUCUGAUGUACUCUCGACACUUUCUAGCUGUUUCCAACGAUGACAACCACCUAGUUUUUGUGGCAGUUGAAUCACCUACUUCUACCCUAGGGGUUGGGCGAUAUUGGACAGCGGAAGUUCUGACUCAUGAGUCGUUGACAUCAAACUCAGAUAGUAUCCUCUCGGAACCAUGCGUGUUUGAAGAUGUGAUGAAACAACAGCGGUAUAUAUCUCAAAUCGCCUGGAGUCCGUGGAUUCUGUUUGACGAUGGCUACCGUUCGGUGGUUGUGUACGCUACGAACGAAGACGUGCGGGCAAGAGUCAUUAAGCACCAGGCCGACGGCAUAUGCACGGAGAAGGAAGUCGUGUAUCCUGGAUGCGAAUUGCGGUACCAAGGCCCGAUGACAUGGUCGCCUAAGAUCGAGGACGGAAAUCGACUCAAGCUUGCCCUUUUUACGAAUGCAGGGCUUGUCUGUCUUACCAUAUCUGCCUACGACGGUUCCGUUAUUGAAACAAAGACACACAGUCUUGACGGGCGAUGGGACCAGAUUUCCGGUGCGGUGUGGGAUGCUCCUGAUGAUUCGACAUGUCGUUUGCAUCUAAGCUCACUGCUUUCAACUCUGCACAACCAAACAUGUGCCCUUGAGAUAUCUCCCGAGGGCUUCAAAAGCCUUGGCAAUCCCAGCUGGCGAGAGAAGAUUGAAAAUAACAUUGCACUGUUCAGCGUUAAAAACGGGCUCAAGGGCAACAGCAAGGCCAAGGUUUGGGGCUUGUCCAAAUCGCCACUAGGGGAUUUCAUUGCAGCGUGCAAUAGCGUGCAUCCAUCCAACAUGAUCGAGUAUGGUAUACCUGCGGAUAGGAGUGGGACGGUUGCGAUUAGUUCUUUGCGAAAUAGCAGCGAGGAGCGGGAGGCUUUUCCCAAGGCAAAUGUCAGCGCAGAGGGGGUUAGCUAUACGAUCCGUAAGCUGGCAGAGGACAGGGUCGAGGAUCAGGACGACAUGCCUGCGUUUGCUGAGGAGAUUGUGCAAAAGCUUACCAGGGCGUAUCCAGCUCCCCGCGUUGCCGAAGACUAUGCAGACAGGGUUCGUCUGUAUGCUGACGCAGGCGAUUUGAACUCACUGAUCCAAGCGUUCAAGACGACGGCCUUUCUCGAUUCGCAUACACUCAAAGACCGGUAUACAAUACUCGUCUCGCAAGCCUGCAAGAUGGGGACGUCACAUGAGCUCGAGAGAACGUUGAUAGCGUAUCGUCUUGCCAAUGCAGUGCACAGCCUUCCGGCAUCACUUGUGAAUUCAGCCUUGAGCGCGGAAAUAGUAGCUCAGCACCAACAGCUUAUCAAGCUUGUCAAUGCGGUUAUGGGAUACGGCUCUUCAGAGAGCGAGAAUCGCGUAGAGUCUAAGGCUGCGGCGGCGUGGGAAGAAGAGUGCGACUUUUGCUCUACUUCGAUACCAUUUACCGACUUAGUUUCAGCUUCGUGCACGAAUGGACAUCAGUUUGCGAGAUGUGGAUUGAGUUUUCUUGCCAUCCAGGCACCCGGUAUCACAAAGUACUGUGGCAUUUGCAGCACACCAUUCUUGAGCGACGAGUAUGUGAUAGCCCAGGAGAGUGUGGAAAAGAAGAGCGAGGAUGUUGCAGACGAUAGGGCGAUGGAGGAGGUGGGCAGCUUGCAAAACGGAAGGGGACAAGAAAGGCUGGAGCAGGGCAAUGAUGUAAGUCGAGAACAGGACAGGGAUGUUGAAAGAGAUGGGGCGGAUGAGGAGGAGGAAGAGGAGGAAGAGGAAGAGGAAGAGGAAGAAGAGGAAGAGGAAGAAGAAAGGGAGCUUCCUAUCACGCUAGGACGAGUCGUGUUCCUGGCCUGCGAUGCUUGCGUCUACUGCGGCGGUAAAUUCGAGGGUUGA